GUGUUCCCUUACAUGCCAUAUAAGGGACCCCCCCCUCCCACUGCCACUGUGCUAUUGCUUUCUGCAGUGGGGUGACUAUUCUUAGGCUGUCACUUCAGCUCAUCUAAACAGAGGCUACUUGGCUCCUGCCCCACCCGCUCUACCUCCAUUUUUGGACACCACUUUGCGGGAAGAUUAAACAACACAAGCAAUCAACGCCUUUGGAAGAAUGAGUAGCUACAAUAUUUCUCUGAGUGGGCCGGCCCCAUGGGGCUUCCGAUUGCAGGGAGGCAAGGACUUCAACAUGCCCCUGACCAUCUCCAGGAUCACUCCAGGGAGUAAGGCACAGCAGGGCAACCUGAUCCAGGGUGACAUCAUCGUGGCCAUCGACGGGGUCAGCACUGAAGGCAUGACCCACCUGGAGGCCCAGAACAAGAUCAAGUCUGCCAGCUUCAACCUGGCCCUCACCAUGCAGAAGUCAAAGCGCCCAUUUCCACUUUCCACAUCCACCCAAAGAAUGGAUUCUCCCAUGCAACAGAUCCCUCACCAGAAGGUUAUUUCCAACACUCCUGCCAACAACGAGUAUGUGCCCAACUUCAACGCCAUUGCGCUGAAGGACACUGCCCUGUCCACCCACAAGCCCAUCGAGGUGAAGGGUCCUGGGGGCAAGGCCACCAUAAUCCAUGCCCAGUACAACACCCCCAUUAGCAUGUACUCCCAGGACGCCAUCAUGGACGCCAUCGCCGGACAGUCCAAGGGCCACGAGGCCGGUUCGCUCCCAGUAAAAGACGCUCAGGUAGACAGUGCCUCCCCAGUUUAUCAGGCUGUGAUCAAGACUGCAGACAGGGACAUGGAGUUGAAUGACUGGGCCCGCAGCUCCUCCCAGGUGCAGUCCAAGUCCUUCCGCCUCCUCGCCCACAUCACGGGAACGGAGUUCAUGCAAGACCCAGACGUGGAACAUCUGAGGAAAUCAAGGGAAAAGUUUGACACAGAAUUUAAAGGUCCACGUUUUGCCAAAUUGAAAAAUUGGCACAAUGGCCUGUCUGCUCAGAUCCUUAACCUGCCAGAAAAAGCCCUGGUUUAAAAUAUGUGUCAGACCGAACGUAACUGUAGCAACCAGAGAAGUGCCGAGCAGGUAAAACAGUUGGACUGUGAGUGAGAAGAAGGUCAGGCUAAAGAUACUGGAAUGUGAGUUAGUGGAAAGAGGGUUGUUCAAUACUUGUUGAUCACAUGUUGUAAUGAAGAUUUUAGCCCAAUGUCAUAUUCCCCCCUUAUUUUGGCUAUUUAAGUUGAUGCUAUCUUUCUAAAGUAAUUGCAGCUGUAUAAGAAAGUUGUAUUGUAUUUCAACCGUAAAUUAUCACUAUUUGAGUUUGACAUUGUGAUAAGUAUGAAUUAAAACAAUACCACUAAAUUAAAAA